AUGGACGCGACGCGUCGUGACGUCGUUCGACGCCGAUAAUCGUCAGUCCCCUCUCUUCUCAACCACUAAAGGAAGCGCGCCGUUAUUUCAUGAAACUCUCAUGCCGUCUCCUAACGAGGAAAACGUCAGAAGAAGAAACGACAUCGAGCGAAGGAGCUUGUACGAACAUUGAAGAUCCUACUAAUGGCGGCCUUCCGUGCGAGAACCAACACGAGCCACGACAUCGGCGCAAUCUAUUUCGAUUUGGACAACACCCUCAUCGAGACCAGAAAGGGAGACAGUCUCGCCUGCAGAAAGCUUUCGGAGGAAUUAACACAGCAGUAUGGAAUACCCCAAGAAGCAUCUUCAAAGAUUACGACAACUUAUCUGAAGCAAUUUCGCAAGUGUCCAGACAACGCGAGCUACACUCUGGACGUAUGGAGGACUUCCCUCUGGAGCAAAGCCUUCGGCGACAAGUACUCCUACCUAGCUAAAAAGAUUUACGAGAGAUGGCUGUAUUUAAGAUACCGUUAUCUGGCGCUGGCGCCGGACACAGUUUCCAUGCUGCGACAACUCAGAAAGAAGUACGCCUUGGGUCUCAUUACCAAUGGGCCCUCCAAUGCCCAGUGGGAGAAAGUACGUAAAUUAUCCUUGGAGCAGUACUUUGACGUAAUAUUGGUAUCCGGUGAUCUACCUUGGGAGAAACCAGAAGCUAGGAUAUUCGAGGAAGCCUGCAAAUGUCUCGGAGUCAGAGCAGAAAAUUGCAUCAUGAUAGGUGACAAGCUGGAGACCGAUAUUAUAGGUGGAAUCGAAGCAGGAUUAGCUGGUACAGUGUGGAUACCGACUGUUGAGAAACCACGUUUAUCGGCCGAUGAUCCAAAGCCAAAUUUCACGAUAAUACAUAUAACAGAUCUGUUGAACAUAUUAAAUCGAGGUCCAGGUGCACCGGAACUAGAAGACUCCUCCUCGAAUGCAUCAGACGGUAGUUGAUGAGAAGGUAGAAGAGAAUACUCGCCGACCGAUCUUGAUCUCUGUAGAAGAAUACAAUUAGAUCACCCCUUGCAGAAAUUAAUAUCAAUCGGUAAUUAUUCUUCGCCAAUGUAAUUGGAGCAUUAGAAACAUUUUUAAUUAGAAUCUACCCUUUUUAAUCUUAUCCACCCUUAAGAAUUUCACGUUACACGCGUAGUACAUUCCGUUUCAUAAAACUACGUCGUAUCGUACAAAAACUGUAAUAUCUCGUAACGGGUCAAUAUUUUUCACAAGCGAUUGGUAUUUAAGGAUUAUGUUAGAUAGUGGCUUGAGGAGGGAAAACGAAAAAUAAUAAGAA